AUGUCCCAUCCCCCUGGGCAACCCCAAGAAUCGGCUUGGACGUAUUAUCAACAACCCUACUACAGUCAACCAUCAUUCACUCUCCCUCACAUGUACCAUCCUCAACCUCAGCAUUUUCCUCAAGUCAGUCAUCAGCCUGGUCAAACUCCUUCUCACUCGCGUCACCCAAGUUUUCAAGGUCCUCCCGGAGGGUUUCUCGGACAUCCCCACAAAUCUUUCGUCCAUCCUGGACAAGGUCAACAUUCUCUCGGUUUCACACCCCAUCAGAAUGAUCUUUACGAGUCUCACCAUCCAUCUCACCCCCAUCAUCCUCACGCUCUCCAAAACCCUCACCAAACUCAUCAUUCUCAUUUCCACCCAGGUGAACUGAACCAAUUCUCUUCGAAUCCUCUUGCGCCCAGUGGUACUUCACAGCCUACUGAAUUACCCGACGUCGGUUCUAUCCAUUUUGAUCAAAACUCUCCUGAGCCUACCGAGCUCUCAGACGGUGAUGCCGAUUACUUAUCACGUCCUUCUCGUCCCUCCAAGAAAGGUACAAAAGGGAAAUCGAAGCCCGCUCGAGCACGGGGUAAGAAAACCAAAUCGUCCAAGUCUGUCAAGACGACAAUCAAACCUCCUGUCCUCGCAUCCAUCUCUGCCAAUCUUCCAUCUCGUCCCCGUCUCAACGACAAAAAUAAAUCUUCCUCAUCACAAACAAAACUCACGUCCACUACGGAGAACAACGAACCGGAUCUCAUCUCUCAAGGAGAUGACACUGCUCUUCUCCUUGUCUCCCCUUCCAGACCUCCUCUCUCCUUACGAGGAUACAGAGGAGCUCUAUUACCCGCUCCACCGAAUAGUCAACUGGAAGUAUGUGGGCUAUUGAUACUUCACCCUCCGACAUUGGACAAACAUGUGGAACGAGAACCACUGAAUCAAUACACUUUGACGCCAAAAAGGACAAGGGGUCUGAGUACUUCUCUUUCUGUCUCCGACUUUGGAUCUAACAAACGUUUGGAGACGAAUAACACUCUUGAGGAUGAUAUGGGUAAAGGAGGAGAGAAUGGGGAGAUGAUGAUGGGAAUGGGAGAAUGGAAGAGUCAGUAUGAGAUGUAUACUUGCAGAUUGUGCGCCAAGACGUAUGACGGUAGAAACGCUAGGAGUGUGGCUAGGAGACAUUUGCAGGACAAACAUGGCCUGCCUUUGAGUAUGCAAGGGAGAAGGAGUCGAUGGGAUCAAGCCGUGGACAGACCCAAAGAUGCGGAAGAAGCAAGGGAACGAGCUCUGAAAAGUAAACGAGGGUGGGCGAUGAAACAUCGCAUUCAAAUCAGACUCGAACAACAACAUUCCGACUUUCUAUCCAUGUUCGGUCCCCUCGGUCUAUGUCUACCCAACGGAGUCCGUCUCAUCGCUCCGCAUCUCAAAGAAACCCAACACGUCCGGGGUAAAUGGCUCGACGGUACUGGUCGUGUUGCCGUCGAUAUUCCUGCUGAACUGCUGGAGGGUGCUCGAGUGUUAUCUGGUGCAGCUCUACCCAGCGGUCAGAGUUCAACUUUCGACGAUCAGCUCCAACAAGAAACGCAGAACGGCUCCGCCCUUGUGGGAACAUCGCAACAGGGCUCAAGGUCAGGUAUGGAAGCUCAACUGGGCGAUAUACAGAUGGAAGAAGGAUGGGAGGCAGAUGCCGAUCUGGAACAACUACAAGAAUGGCAAGCUAGUCUAGGGGCGGAACAAUGGGAGACUCUCAUGUCUACUGUUCCCGACGAAACUCUUUCUCUCCCUUCCAUAUCUCAACCUCACUUCUCUCAUUCUCAAUCCCGCAAUGACGUGUCCCAAGGUCAACUUCAUAUCGACCCGGCACUACGAUCACCAAUGAAAGACAAGACAAAUCCCGCUCAGACUAGUACAUCGACUUCUCCGGCAACUUCCAUCGACGAACCUCCAAGGAUGGAACAACAAUGGGUUCGAUCGAGUGGAUGGACACCAGCUACAAAGUUGAACUCUUCGACUUCACAAACUCUAGCUUCUCAUUCUACUCAUUCUCCUCUUAUCUCUCUUACACCACUUCAAUCUCUUCCUUUCUACCCUUCAUCUCAUAAAGAUCGUAAAGAUCAUUUCGACCAUGAUGAUGAAGGUCAAAAAUCUGACCAUCGAAAGACACCCUCUCGACAGAAGUCUUAUAGGUCUACGGAUCCUUUGGAAGCUGUAGCUGAAACAUUGUUGGAUUUACAUUCUACACCGCUUCGUUCUGAAUCUAAUUCCGGCGACACAGGUCAUCGUUUCUCUUCGUUAUCCAUCUCCAGAUCUCUGGCUCGGACGUUACAUACAGCACCUACAUCUGACGAAAUUUCUCGAACUCUCCAUCCUAUCUCGAGUUCUCAUAAUCUCCGCACCACACCCUCUACUUUGGAGAAUGAUUCGCAAGGUCACACCAGAAGUACCUCAGGUUGGGGUUUGAUGGCAGCUGCGGAGAUUACCGACAAACCAUCUCGUGUAAAACCUAUCAGAAGUAAAAGUCUCUUACAUCCUUAUCAACGUACUCGAGCAGAAAGUGUAACAACCGGAAUGAUAAGUGCCGACGAUCCAUUCAUCGAUCGACGACGAAGUAAUGUUUCUCCGGGAGAAUCACCUUCUACACAUUUAGCAAAAAGACGUAAAACCAUCUCAACAAGUCAAUCUGGCUCUUCUAUCCUUCCGACAAAUCCAUCCAAACAUUCUUUCUCUGGAUCGAAAGAUGGUUCUCUCUUAGGUAGAGUUCUUCAACCUUUGAAACCAAAUGUCGAAACUCCCGCAAAGUCGUUCUCAUUAGGAGCUAGUGCUUUCGCUUUUGAUGCCGGAUCAAGCCAUUCGACCCGAAAAGGAUUCCCAUCUUUCGGUGAAGAUUUGAAUUCUUCCAUGAAGACGAAUCACCAUUCCUUCGGAUCGGUAUACAAUGGGAUGAGCGGUGUGGAAAAGAUUAUGACACCUUUGAGACAAGUACAAAAGGAGAAUAUCCAUCCUCCUUCUAGUGACCCGGUGGCUAAAUGGUUGAGAUCAAGUCCUGGAAGUCCGGAAAAAGAUUGGAAAGUCACACCGAUGAGAACUCCAGGAUUGGGGAUGAUGACUCCCGGUUUAGUCAAGAUGAGACAAGGAUUAAAGAGUACGCCUUUACGGACUGAAGCGUCAGUCUUGAGUGAGGAGAAGGAGUCAUCGUUGGAUGAGGAGAACGAGGGGUCAUUGGGUAUGGAAAGAGAUGAUGGUGAAUUGACCCAGAUGGAGGCGGUAGAGGCAGAAUGA